ACUAGGGGCGCUUUCCAUUUAGGAAAAAAACCCGGAAAUUUCGGUGGUAGCAAAAGUGGAAUUUCCGAUUGGUAAAAAGUUGUUCCAUUUGGUCGUAAACCCCGGUACGUGGCGUUUCUUGACCGUGGACCUGGAACUGGUACAAACUACGAGAAACGUAAAUGGAGCACGACAUUGUCGUAGUUACUAAAACAUGGAACGACCUAAAACCACCUAAAACCACCUAAAACCAUCUACAACCACCUACAACCACCUCAAAAAAUUCAACAACCACCUACAACCAUCUACAACCACCUCAAAAACAUCUACAACCACUCGCAAACAAUCUAAAACCAUCUAAAACAAGGUAUAAAUGUCUCAAAUAAGGCGAGCCAACAUGUCACGUACAUGAAAUACGAGAAUCGAACAAAACAUCCACUUCCCCCCAAAAUCUUACUCUCCCUGGUCCCUUGUAUCAUCAAUCAUUGGCUUAAGUCACGAAAUGAAAUGCGAGAUCAUGCUAAGUAUAUUAAAUGACUUAAAGAACUUUACAAAAUGAACUAUCAAGUCACAAAAAAUAAUAAAAUAAAAUAACUGACUUGAUUUGGCUUUUUCUACCCUGGGUACCAGUGAGACGUUUUGGUUCACGUUUCAUUUGUUUACAUAAUAGCACAAGGUCUAGGGUUUCUCUCUCUCUCGGAGUCUGCUUCACUGCUGUUUUGUUCUGAGGUGGCGGAUUACAUUCCUAAGGACAAGUUAAUUUUUUUAGCAUCUGUUUAUCAUCCACCAAACAUGUCUGUACAUUCCCGUUGACUCCUUUAGAUUACCCCUAUUGUCUUUCACACCCGUUUCCGGUGUCAUCACGCAAGGCUAAACUCCCUUGCGUCACGACACAGGAAACGGAGACUAGUAGGUGUAAUCAUUGUUAAAAAUGUUAUUAAAAUAAAAUCUAUUAUGUAAUGGAUUCAGAAGAAAACAAGGUAAUCACUGGUAAUGUGACAUUUUAAACAUGAUCUUAAAACAAUUAAAAAUCACAAACCAUCAGUUGUUGCUUAAAUUAUAAUCAAAUUGUCGAUGAGUUUCACAAGAGAGAGGGGGAAGUGGAUGUUUUGUUCGAUUCUCGUAUUUCAUGUACGUGACAUGUUGUCUCGCCUUAUUUGAGACAUUUAUACCUUGUUUUAGAUGGUUUUAGAUUGUUUGCGAGUGGUUGUAGAUGUUUUUGAAGUGGUUGUAGAUGGUUGUAGGUGGUUAUUGAAUUUUUUGAGGUGGUUGUAGGUGGUUUUAGGUGGUUGUAGAUGGUUUUAGGUGGUUUUAGGUCGUUCCAUGUUUUAGUAACACAUUCCUUUCGGAAAUUCCAACCGGGAAAACGGGACCACCUUUUUAGAUUUUCCACUUUUUCUGGAAAUUUUCGAGUGGGACGAACCGACAAAACGUGUUCCAUUUAUCGCCGAACCGGAAAUUCCGGAAAUUUUGACUAAAUGGAAAGCGCCCUAGAGCACCGUAAAACCUUUAUACAAACAAAUGUUCUGUUCAAAAGGGUUCUUUGUUUUGCGAUAGAGGACGCUUGAAUUUCCAGGCUUUUGCGUGACGCGGCAUUUAGCUGGCGGCCGGGAAAGCUCUUAUGUGGGUUAAAAACAUUACUGAUUUUUGGAGAUUUUGCUAUCUAAACAUUCCUUGUCUUAUAAUAAAUAUUACUUUAAUCGUUAUGAGUUCCUCAAGCGAAGAAUUCGCGUAUAAGUAGGAAAACUCAAAAAUAGAUGUUUCUAUUGGCUUCCGGCGGCCAUAUUUGUGUCCAUAGCGUCUCCAUACAAAGCUUUAUAAAUCUGGGUAAAACGUUUUUUCGAAUAUUUCGCAUAUGAACUAUUGCAUAGGCCUGAUUCGUGGCAAGGCUUUUUGUAGAUUUAUCUUCUUUCAUUUCCUAGAUUCUAGACUUUCUGUAUUAAAAGGUUUCCAUUUUUAUUUCUGCUUUCUCACGUGAGUGAAAACCCUUUUACCAAGAGGCACCGUCUUUAAAUCUGUUUCGCUUUUGUUUUCCAGGGCAAGAUGGUCGUCCAAGCCGGCUAACUCCAGCGGUAGAGAAACGAAUCCAGGCUUACAACACCCUGAAUCGCUUUCUAUCAGCUUUCAUUGACCAUUCCUUAAGGGACAUGGAUUACCUUGUACGAGACAAGCUGCUAUUCGAACACAUCUUAAACAUGGAACUUAAAGAACUUCCCCCACCGGACAAAGCGAUAUUCUACAACGACGACGGACGUUCAUUUAAUUCCAUUCUGUUUUACGGCAACGAAUGGACUUUGAUGCUGUUCGAUCUUCUCAUGUUUGCCUUUGUUGAUUCACUUGCUCAAGAUUUUGUUCUCGCUGGCGUCAUCACUUAUCUUGUCACAAAGGCACUUAUAAUAUUGAGAGAUAGUUUUGGACGGAAAAACUUAACAAGAAAAACACUUGUUGAUGAGCGGUUCUUAAUUUAAUCCUUUUUCAAAUUCGCACGUUUUUCACCUCAUCCAGGUCGCUCAUUGGAAUCGUUACAACAGGAAAGUAUACUGCUCAGUAGCCUUCAACAGUCAUUUCAAUGGAAACCUGAAGAUUUCGUCCAUAGACUCAAAAGUUAAGACCACCUUGCACAGCGUAAAUAAACAUUACCACAGGAAAGUACCACUUAGUAGCUCUCAUUUGAAUGGUCACACCUAAGGAUUCCGUUCACAAACUGACUCAAAAGCUAGAACCACCGUACAGCGUAUAAAAAAAGCAGUGAAUAAACAGUACGACAGAAAAGUAUUGCUCAGUAAAUUUUAUUUCAAAGGUCACAUGUUAGGCUUUCAUCCACCGGUAAAAUAAGAACCACUUUGUACAACGUAGUAAACGGUAUAACCGUCAAGUUAACAAAAAUAGUCCGAGGUUGUCUUCCAUUUAGCUUUUUGGUUCACUAUUUAUCCCUACGGUUGUAAAAACCUCUAACAAAGGUAUUGCAGUGAAGGCAGGUCAAACAUACCUUACCUGGUUAGCAUGAAUUUUUGCUUAAUUUUUCUCAUCGGUAAUUUAGGCAACUGCCUGAUUCGCGUUAUCAUUAAACAAAACCAUGUUGCGUUAACAUUUUUUAAAUAUCUAUUUAACUGUUUGUGAAUUUAUUUGCUGCUAGUGUGUCUCCUUCAAAAAAAUCAAACUUUCCCCAGAAAAAAAAAUGACUGAGGCAAGUGCUUCGGUUUGCCUCAUACUGGCUACGGCCCUGAACUGAAUCGCGUGUAUUCACGACUCAUUACACAUGCAAUAAUGCAGAAAUGAAUCUGAAAUCUACAACUACCAACGGAUUCAACUUUCGAAUAAUAAACUCAUCAAUGAAAUCUUGAGGGGUACGCUUGACCUGGCUUGACUGUAACAACUUUGAAAAAACAACGUUAACUUUUGUAAUGCACAAGACAUAACCUCCGUCAUCAGCAGUCGCAGAGGUAAAUGAAAUACCUUUAUUUAAGUGUUCGUACGUUAUGUAUGAUGAACUAUUUAUUUAAGUACGUAUGCAAAAACUCUGGCUACGGCCUUGGGAUGUAGUUUUAAGUCGAUACAAUCCGUAGUUCAUUAUUCUUGCCUUUGUGGAUUGCUACAACUUGAAGAUAGCUUUUCUACGGUUUCCAUUUGCGAUGAUGGAAGUUUCUAUCCAAACGUGGAGAAAAACUCGACGUAAGUUUAAGACGGCUUCUUGUAUAUUCAUCUUUGCGCAGUAUGGAGUUUUGAAAGCUAUUUAUCAUACACAGCUGUCCAAGU